ACACUCUUUUUCACUUUUUCGCACUAUUCCCAAACAGAGAUAGAUGGACUGCUAUUUUUUGCAUUUAGCAAUGGCGGCGCUCGUCGGAGCUUUUGCCGUCGUCAUCUCUGCUUACUUUUUGCACCGUAAGACACUCUUACAACUUCUUGACUUCGCUCGUAUCGUUGCCGAGGAGAAGCUGAAUGGACCUGUUACAGUUCGAGGGAUUCCGGCCGGGUUGCCUCAGCUGCAUGCUGUCCAUGAAGCAAAAUCAGCACUUUUAGGUACCCAGAAGAGAAAAGUUAUGAGGCCAAUUUCUCCCAAGUCUCCUGUGGCAAGUGCUAGUGUCUUUGAGAGUGUUGAAGAAUCAGAUGAUGAUGAUAUUGUUGACCAUACCAAACUAGAUACUACAUAUCUUCACAGCAAUGGAGAUGUUUCUGGUCCAAUUGCAGCUGAUAUUCUACGGAAAGAGCCAGAGCAUGAAACCUUUACUAGACUUAUAACUACGACUAUUGAGGCUCCAUCACCUGAUGAAGCGAAAGCCUACAUGAUGCUUCAAGAAUGCCUUGAAAUGAGAAAGAGAUAUGUGUUUAGAGAAUCAAUUGCUCCAUGGGAAAAAGAAGUUAUAUCUGACACUAGAGCUCCAAAACCUAAUCCAGAGCCAUUCUUUUACGCCCCUGAAGAAAAAUCUGAUCACUACUUUAAAAUGCAAGAUGGGGUCCUUCAUGUAUAUCCAAGCAUAGAUUCAAAACAAGAACUUUUUCCUGUUGCAGAUGCAACUACCUUUUUCACUGACCUCCAUCAUAUAAAUCGAGUCGCAGCAGCGGGGAACAUACGGACAUUAUCUCAUCACCGGCUUCAACAUCUAGAACACCUGUUCAUUCUUCAUUCGAGGCUAAAUGCUGAUAAGGAAUUUCGUGCCCAAAAGAGUACUCCUCAUCGAGACAUCUACAAUGUUAGGAAAGUUGAUACUCAUAUCCACCACUCAGCAUGCAUGCACCAGUGGGAUCUUUUAAAGUUUAUAAAAAAUAAGCUGAGGAAAGAACCUGAUGAGGUCGUAAUAUAUCGAGAUGGAACUUAUCUGACCUUGAAAGAAGUUUUUGAGAGUCUGGAUUUGACUGGAUACGACCUCAAUGUUGAUCUUUUGGACGUUCAUGCAGACAAGAGUACAUUUCAUCGCUUUGACAAUUUCAAUCGUAAGUACAAUCCAUGUGGUCAGAGUAGGCUCAGAGAGAUAUUUCUGAAGCAGGAUAAUCUCAUUCAAGGUCGUUACCUUGCCGAGAUGACAAAGGAUGUAAUUGCUGAUCUUGAAGCCAGUAAAUAUCUGAUGGCUGAGUAUAGAAUAUCAAUAUAUGGUAGGAAACAAAGUGAGUGGGAUCAACUAGCUAGUUGGAUAGUGAAUAAUGGACUAUACAGCCAGAAUGUUGUUUGGCUGAUUCAGCUUCCAAGGUUGUACAAUGUGUACAAAGAAAAUGGAAUUGUGACUUCAUUCCAGAACAUCCUUGACAAUAUCUUCAUUCCACUUUUUGAGGUUACUGUGGAUCCCGAUUCACAUCCUCAGCUACAUGUUUUCUUGAAACAGGUUGUUGGUUUUGAUUUGGUGGAUGAUGAAAGCAAGGGGGAAAGACAGCCAACCAAACACAUGCCUACACCCGCUCAAUGGACUAAUGAACAUAAUCCAGCAUAUUCAUACUAUGUCUAUUACUGUUAUGCCAAUCUUUACACCUUAAACAAGCUUCGUGAAUCGAAGGGAAUGACAACAAUUAAACUCCGUCCACAUUGUGGAGAGACUGGUGUUACUGCUAUUGAACAUCUUGCUGCAGCCUUUCUUACGGCUCAUAACAUUUCGCAUGGAAUUAAAUUGAGAAAAUCUCCUGUGCUUCAAUAUUUGUAUUAUCUAGCUCAGAUUGGGCUGGCAAUGUCUCCCCUCAGCAAUAACUCCCUAUUCAAAGAAUUACAUCAGAAUCCUUUUCCAAAGUUCUUCUCGAGGGGUUUGAAUGUAUCACUUUCCACUGAUGAUCCGCUCCAAUUUCACUUGUUAAAGGAACCAUUGGUUCAAGAAUAUAGCAAUGCUGCUUCUACAUGGAAAUUGAGCUCAUGUGAUUUGUGUGAGCUUGCCCGAAAUUCAGUUUAUCAGUCAGGUUUCUCACAUGCCUUAAAGUCACACUGGAUUGGCAAGGAGUAUUACAAGAGAGGGCCAAAUGGAAAUGACAUUCGCAAAACAAAUGUUCCUCACAUCCGGAUGGAAUACCGAGACACGAUUUGGAGAGAUGAGAUGCAACUGGUUUAUUUGGGCAAAGCUAGCAUUCCUGAAGUUUUAGACAUAUAAUAUAACAUGCUGGCAUGUGCUUCAUCCACACUUGAAAAAUCAAGCUGUAAACAGGUUGAAAAUGAGUUCCGCAUAUCCACUCAACCUCGAAUGAUGGCAUCUGAGGGCCGACCCUAUUUAAUGGUUAGACUCGGCACAUACGCGAUACUAAGACUGAAGAUGUUAUUCAUCUAUAUUCCAUGUGAUCAAUCAGCUUCAGCAAGACUAGUAGAACUUCAAAUCAUCAUGGAAAGUGUUUUCUCAUAUUGACAUGGCUAAUCUCUUCUUUAUUUUCACUUUUAGCAUUAUGCAUAAGGUUCUCAUCAAAUGGUAAUACUAAUAAGUACAAGGUUUCCAUAGCUAAUCUCUUUUAUAUGCCUAAUCUAAAAUACUUUAUCAAUAACUGGGGAGUAUGAUAUUUUGUAUCAUUUUAAAGGUUAUGUAAUUAUGCUCCUCACAAAAGAUUGAAUCUUAACUUGAGUUUGUUAAACUUUAAGCAACAGUCCAAGCAAAGAGAAGGAAGUGCGACUCAUAAUCAAUCCAAUUGAUGAUUGUUGGUGCUGCGUCAAGCCUUGGGACCGAGUGUGUCUGUGUCUCUGUAUCGUUGGAUUUGUUUUAUUAAGAUAUUUAUGAGAAGACAAAAAUUAAGAGAAAGGGUGAAGAUAAAUAACAUUGUUUUUCACGUUGUCACGUGUCCGCGUGUUUUGUGAAAAGAAACCUUCGUCCUGUUAAGCAUUAUUCUUAUCGGAUUGGUCAAUUUGGACGAGAUUUGUUGUUCUUUUACAAUUACCCUUCUUCUUGCUAGAGAUGUCUCUUCCCUUUUAGGACUUGAUUAGAAGAAUGUUCAUAUGUAAUUUUUUCCUCAAGUGUUUUGGAUUUUUCAUUUCUUUUAUCCAAUUUUGGAUAAUUUGGAAUGUAUAGAGGUUAUUUGAACACCACCUAAUAUAUUGCA